AUGAUCUCUGAUGAUCAUGAUGUCGCCCACCUUAUAGUCCUGGUUCAGACCGCCAGCAGCGUUGCGUCACAGGAUGCUGCUCAUGAUUUAGACACGUUGAAGAAAUUAAAGGUGACUCAUGUGCUGAAUGUGGCGUAUGGGGUUGAGAACGUGUUCCCUGAUCUCUUCACGUAUAAGACUGUCACCGUGUUAGAUCUUCCAGAGACAGACAUCACCUCUUACUUCCCCGAGUGUUUCCAGUUCAUCAAGGAAGCCGGUCAGCAGGGUGGGGUGGUGUUGGUCCACUGUAACGCCGGUGUCUCUCGCUCUGCUUCUGUUGUCAUCGGGUUCCUCAUGUCCCAGGAGAACAUGUCCUUUGAUGAAGCCUUCAGCGCUGUGAAAACCGCCAGGCCUUCAAUUCAACCAAACCCAGGCUUUAUGAAACAGCUGAAGAAGUAUAAUCCAUGAUGCCACUCAAAGUCUGCUUUUAUAAUCCAAACAUGUAAAUGUUUUUCAGAUUUCACACAGUACUUGAUGAGUAUAUUAGAAAUGUGUUUUUUUUAGGACUCCAGGACCACGAUUGAGGAGCU